AUGCGAGCUCUUGAACUCUACGAUAAUGUCUUCCUCAAGGACAACCCGGCUCUCUAUGGUACUGUCGAGCGUACACAUACCGAUUCCUACGAGCCGUUGGACGAUGACUUGAUCAUUGGAUAUACUGAGGUGCCCAUUGACGUCCUGAACGAAUUUGUCCAGGCGGGCGUACCUCCUCCUGGCUAUGUCUAUGUCGAGUUUGAAGACGAGUCCGCUGGAAAUGCGCUGCUAAGUGAGGAUGAUAUCGGUUUGCUGUCUCGCACCUUUCAAAUCGGCGACAACGUCAAGCGAGCGAAUUCACCCAUGACGGGCGCAGUUGUGAACUUGUCCGAAUCCUAUCUCCUUGCCCCCAUCCUCAGCUGUCCAAGCUACUUCACAUCUCCGUACCCAAGUCCGCAACAGCUACCAAAGUGCGGGUUCGACUGCCCGGCCUCCACAUCUCCACAAAUACCCCAUCCUAAUCCUCACGCCCUCCUCUAUGAUGUUCCGUCGCGGGAACUCAGGCGAGCUCAAGACCUGGUCAAGGAUGAUUAUCUGAUAGCUGAGGAUUGGGUCGGGCAGGUGGAAGAUGUUCAAUACGAUAUAGUCAUCUGUCUCGAAAACCUGUCAAUUGUGGUAGUGAGGAACCUCUACGGCCUCUAUUUGCCUGUGAAAGACAACGGAAAGCCUCUCAUUGCGCUCCCAGAGAGCGAUGUGUGGCGACCCGACGGAGUUGUGGCUCUCCAAGGAUGGGCCCAUACUGUACCCUUGAUACAUCCAAGAAUUGGGCAAUUUGUCGUCGCAGACCGCAUGGUGCUGCGUAGAGGGCGGUGGCUACGAGGCACUUAUGAUCCUAAACUGCCUCCCCAGGGAACAAUCCUUGAGAUUCGAGCUGGAGAGGCUGCGGUACAUUGGGAACAACGGAAUUUCCCUCUCAAUGUUCGCAAGAGACGGGUGCGACCUAGCCCGCCCUAUGAGCUGGAACCAUAUCAAAACAGUAGAGACUUCAAGAGCUCAGCUGCCUUGAGGCCGCGGACGGAUAUGAUCAUAUAUGACUCGGGGAAAAUGCCUUUCAAGCAUCAGGCUCAAGCUCAUCUCGGAAACUCUUCCAACGGAGUCCAAGGACAGCAAGGUUCCGAAAUCACUGACUAUCGAGAUAUCUGUUCUGGCCAAGACAUUGAAGUUGGGGAUCACGUGAGGUUUCGUGAUCCUACUGCAGCGGCCGUCAAAUACCAGGGCGUUGAUGGAACACUUCAUGGCAAGUUCCUCAGGUUUGACCCGGAACUAUUCUAUGGAUGGGACUUGAAUGAAUUUAAAGUCCUUCAAAUAAAACAAUCAACCACUGUUCUCUGGCAGGACGGGUCAGUCUCAACAGUUGAUUCGGCACUGCUCUAUGGGUAUGCAUUGUUUGAGCCAGAUUUGGCGCCCACUGAUGUCGUACUCAAACGUGAAGGCAUGCGCCAAAGAGCGGUGGGACCUCGAGGCCAUGGUCAGGCGGGGAUCAGGGAUUUCGAUGAGAUGGCAUUCUUUGAGAGUCCCCAUGAUCUCCUGCCAACGAGCGUUGGAAUCAUUCAGAAUGUUGAUAUUAUAGAAAGAGUGGCCACAGUACGUUGGUUUAAAGAACCCAAGAUUGAACUCCGAUCGAAUGGAGAAACGAUAUCCCCCCACUCCCGGUAUGGGCCCAUCGGGGAUGAUAUCGAGGACGUUUCGCUGUAUGAGAUCAUGUCAUUCCCUGCAUUACAACGGAAACGCAGAGACAUGUGCAUCCUUACAAAACCAGAAGCAUCAACGGCAUCCAAACAAGGUGAAACUAGCUCUCAUGGUGUUUCUGUGAGCAAAUCUGCUAGAAGCAUUGGUACAUCAUCGGAGGCAACACAGCCACGAUGGCAGAGAACUUUCCCUCGGGGCUCUGGUGGCUCAGGACCAGAGUCAUCAAGCAAAUCUAAACAUCCCGUUGAUUGGUUUGGUGAAAUAGUCGCCCUUGGCCUUGACGGCUCGAACACCGUGCGACUAGGAGGACUUCAACCCUGCCAAGAUAUUCAGAUCAGUUCAGAUUGCAUCUUGGCGCUCCUCGAUAACGGCGACGAUUUUCCAGACGACGCUAGUGACGACGCUAUGGAUCUCGACUCUGUCCUCGGUUCUGGCGGGUCUGAAUGGUCAGAUGAUGGGGACAUUGAGCCAAUCUUGGAGACAGUAGAAUAUGAGGGAGGUCACCGACUUGACAAUGAUAGUGACAGUGAAAACUGGGAGUCAGAGAACGGUGAGGAAGACGACGAAGACGACUACGUAGAAUUUGCUGAUGCUCAAGAAGAGCUAAGCGACACCGGCGACGUUGAUAUGACGGCAAACAAUGGGAUUGCUGUUGGGCCGGACAGUCCCAGUAAGCUGGCCGGUAUAAUUCACCUCAAGAAGCUGCUUGCUGCUGAACCGCCUCCUCAAUUUGCUGUUUUGGAGCAGGAUCCGCCUUCGGAUCAAUUCGGCUUGCGUUCAGCCCCAACAGCAGGAACGUUUUUGAAGCGAAUAGUGAAGGAACAUGGUGCACUAGCGACAUCACUCCCAGCUGGUGAAAUUUAUGUGCGUACUUAUGAGAGUCGGCUGGACUUACUGCGCUGCUUAAUAAUUGGGCCACGGGAUACACCUUAUGAAAAUGCGCCAUUUCUGAUCGACCUCUACCUGCCAGAGAGAUUCCCUACCGACCCUCCUCUCGCUCAUUUUCAUAGCUGGACCAGCGGACUAGGUCGCAUCAACCCCAAUCUAUACGAGGAAGGUAAGAUCUGCUUAAGCUUACUAGGCACGUGGGCAAGUAAGCAUGAUUGUGAGAAAUGGAGCGAGAAAGCCACCCUCCUCCAGCUACUUGUGUCUUUACAAGGUCUUGUAUUUGUCAAGAAACCGUUCUACAACGAAGCAGGCUUUGAAGGCUAUGAAAAUGACAAAGUUUACACCCGUGAAUCGGAGCUAUACAGCGAAAAGGCCUUUCUCAUGGCACGAGGGUUUGUGAAAUACGCUUUGACCCAACCUCCGCGUGGGGUGGAAGAUGUUCUAUCCUGGGUGUACCUGUCGGCACGAAACGCCAACUCGACUUCACUUCUCAAAACAGUCAUAGCACGGGGGAGAACGAUAGCUCACAGAUCUGAAGAAGCCAGGCGGCAGCAAGAUGAAAGACUCAUGGAUGCAGUUGGAGAAACAGAGGAUGGGAUGAGUGCUUUUCUAAGGCCAUUGAGCCGAGGAGCAACUGUGAUGCUUAACAGGACUAUUGACGAAUUGGAACGACAACUUCAGCAGCUGGAUAUGAAGUCUAAUGACUAG